AUGCCUAAAAUUAAAAAGGACAUUGAUAAAUUAAAGCAUCCAAACAGUAGAAAAACAUUAAAGGUUAUUAGCAAAAUCAAGAAACACGAGAAAAAGGAUCAGAACAAAGUGGGAACACAUAUAAAACAAAAUUUAAUCGGCGAAAAGAUUCUUUGGUUCAAGGAAAGGUUACCGGAAGACUGUGUAGUUUUGUCGAAAGAACAGACUUUGGAAUUGAUAGAGGAGUAUUUGGCGCGGUUCGAUGAGGAGUUGGAGCAAAUUGCGUUAAAGAACUCUGUAGGACAGAGGAGAAAUCGUCAGCACGCCAGUAGGGAGGAUAUUAUCAAUAUUACGAAGAAACAAGAACAUGAAGAGUUCGAAACGUGUGGCAUAGAGAUGCCUGACCUCCUAGACCGGCAACAGAUGGAAGUGUUAAGGAACUGGAAUGGUGAAUUAAGGUUUUUACAGCAUUUUAAGCUGAGAAGGAUAGCAAGAAAACAUUUAAUAUAG